CACCCUUAAAUAUUUUAUACUUAUCAGAAACAGACCCAAACCCAACAAUGGCUGCCGCUGCUUUGAGUACAGCGUCCGUAGCAAGAAGAGGCGCAUAUUUACUGCCUCUCCAGCGCACGUUAGAGAAAACUCGUAUAACGUUUCUGUCAACAUGGGCAUCCUCGAAAACGGGUCUCAAUCCUCUGCAACUUUGGUGCAGAAAGAUCAAAGCUUUACCCACUAGAAAGCUGAUAGUUAGAGCUGCUAGAACUGAGUCACAAGGUGUCAAUUUAGGAUUCAGAGCGCCCCAUUUUGAGUUGCAAGAGCCUUUAACUGGGAAAAUUUGGGAACUUGAAGAUUUUGAGUCGUAUCCUGCUUUAUUGGUUAUGUUCAUCUGCAAUCACUGUCCCUUUGUUAUACACUUGAAGAAAGACUUAGUCAAGCUUUCAAAUUUUUAUAUGAAGAAAGGACUUGCAGUUGUUGCCAUAUCUUCAAAUUCUGUGGCUACUCACCCGCAGGAUGGACCAGAGUUCAUGGCAGAAGAUGCUAAAACUUUUAAUUACCCAUUUCCUUAUCUAUAUGACGAGUCACAAGAAGUUGCUCGAGAUUUUGGAGCAGUUUGCACACCAGAGUUUUUCUUGUUUAAGAAGGAUGGUAGGAGGCCAUUUGAGCUGGUGUAUCAUGGCCAGUUUGAUGAUUCCCGACCCACUAAUAAUGUGCCUGUCACAGGAAGGGACUUGAGUCUGGCAAUAGAUAGUGUUCUCAGUGGUCAGCCAGUCUCAUCAAUUCGGAAACCAAGUAUUGGAUGCAGCAUAAAAUGGCAUCCUGGAGCAGGGCUGUAACCUUGUAAGCUUGGUCGUGAUAUAUAACAUUCCACCUUUGCAUUUGUACACAGGUACAACAUAUGUUCUUGCAAGGGUCGGUAACCAUUUUGAUACUCCUACAAUGUCAGAGGCGUUACAUUCAUUAUUUAGGAUUCUCCAAGUGCAUAAGAGAAGGGGAUAGUUUAGUACGUGAGUGUUUUAUUUUAAUUUGAUUUGUUUUCUUGGUGAGGAAGUGUUCAUUUGGGUAUGUACUUACUACAUUAUUAUAAAAUAUAAUGAUAUAUGUGAAUUGUAAGCUUCAUAA